CAUUGUUUCAAUAUCGUUUGUGACUUUGCGCUGUUCGUUUCGUUUGAGAAUCCAUAAAAUUAUUCGAGCAGUGCAGUCAGAAGCAACAGGUGUGAGCAAACUAAUUUCAUUUCAUUUCGUGAUGGAAAACUUUACAAAAGUAUUUUUGGCAUGGGGAAUUUUGGCUGUUGUUGUCGCCCUGCAGGUGAGCAGCACACCUGCCCAGGAAGCUCUAGCAACUCCAAUGACGGCAGCCGAGCCAGAACCCGAACCCGCGUCGUCCCAGCCACAAGGUCAAGGCACAAGCUGGUUUGACAACGCCGUCUCAUCCGUCUCAUCGGCUGCGAAAACUGCUGCAAAAAAUUUGGAAGAGGCUGGCAAGAAUUUCGCAAGUGUGGUCAGCAACAAGACAGAAUCCGCCAGAAAGACGAUAUCCGAACAGAUGGACACGGUGAAAAGUGUGGUCAGUGAGAAGACGGAGUCCGCCCGAAAAACGCUGUCCGAGGGGAUGGAAAAAGUUAAGGAUGCCGUGAGCGGUGCCGUGCAAAGCAUUAAGAACGAAGUCCAACCAGCCUUGACCAAUGCGACGACGACAAUCACAGCGGACAACAAUAACGCCACGGCAGCAGCAGCAGCAACUUAAAGAACGCUCCAUUUGACCACACGACAAAAGCACAAAUUAUUUGUACAUACAUAAAUACUUUUAAUACGUUAAAAAUCUAAAUUCUAAUCUAACGUAGAUCUAAAACUUUUAAUAAAAGAACUUGUUCCAUGAAAUUGGCAUUGAAAUGUUUCUCUCUUAUUGGGAAACAUGCAACAUGAAACUACAUAAUUCAAUUGUUAAUUUAUUUAACUCCUAAUUUGACGCAAUUCCGCUUUUGAGUAUGAAACUGAACCCCAAAAAGUGUCACGCAUGGUAUGUUAUAAAAUUAGGGCCAAUUUUGUUUUUCAGUUUAUUCAUCUUGCUCAAAGAGUUUGUUGAGACGAGCUUCAAAAUCGGUAAAAUGAAGAUUGCUAUUUUUCUCUUGUUUGCUUUAGUCGUGGCGUUCGCCAACCUGGACACGACCAGUGCUCAAGGAGAGGGAACUGAAGCUCCGGCCACCGAAAAGUCUCCGAGCGGUACGAAGAAACCAGGAGGAUUUAUGAACAAGAUUAAGAAUGGCCUAAAGAAAGCUGCGGAAGGGAUCAAGGAAGGGUUCAAGGAGGGGGCAGCAGGGAUCCAGAAGGGGGCAGAAAAGUUAAAAAAGAAGGUCAAGGGUUGGAUAAAUGGCAAGAAAAACGGGACAACAACAUCGUCAUCUCAAGUUUCAGGCCCAUAAUUGCAUCAUUCUCAGAAAAUGUUGCAAAAUUUGCAAAAUCAGUCUUGUAACGCACGAAUUUAAUAAAUUGUCUUGUAUCGCAGA